AUGGAGUUGACAAAGUACUUGGUUGGGAAUACGUUUAGGUUAUACCGAGGAACUGGACUACCAUUUACCGAAGAAUUACUGAAGGAAGAGAAGGAGACAAUUUCAACUGAACUUGCAAAGCGCUUGUAUCGGAUAUACAAACAGAAUAUACACGCCUAUGAAGAUGAUUUAGUGGUUCGAUAUAGCACCUAUCGAGAUGUUGAAAAAGAGAUUGUAAUAAACAGUGGAUUCCUUGAUGAGACGCGAUACUUGAUUGUCAAGUCGAGAAACCAUCGUCUCUUACCAAGACAGACUUUGCUUUUUGCACGAUGCAAUAACAACAAUGAUACAAUCCUACUAAAUCGAGUGGCUAAUAAUCAAGCGCCCAAUAACCACUUGCUUCAGAUCCUACAAGAUGUGACUGAUUCCUUAUUUGUUGAGUUUGCUUUACCACCUCGAUUCAUUCCAUCAUUCAUCAACAAGCUUCUGGCCUGCUUCACCAAUGACGUACGACUAGUAUAUGACAUUGGUCAGACAAAAUCACUCAAUAAUAUUCUGAUUGAAGUUCCUGGUGCUGAUGUGAGGAUUUUGCAACAGGAGGGGAAAUUGUACGACAGUAUUUGUCAAUUUAUGUAUCAUUGUUCAAAAAUUAGAUUUAAUCACUUGCAACCAAAGAAAUUUGUCAGUGAUGUGAUUAAUAUAUCAGGUGAUGGCAGAUUCAAGUUUAAUGUCGAUGAUGAUGAUGACGAGACGCUAGUCUGGUUGUUGAUUGAGAAUAUCCAGUCAGCGCUAGAGGGGUAG